AUGUCCGACGAAGAAGACUAUUUUCUCCCCCUAGAAGACCAACGAGUCUUCGGCGCUGGAAUCCGCCGCAAGCGCGUCCCGUUCGUUCGUUCCUCGGAGCAUGAGCUCAACACCACCAAUGCCACCACUGCAGCACCAAACACAGGAAGACCGGGGCUAAGUAUAGCGGAUAAAUAUCUGUCGAUCGUCAUGCCGAAAAACAGUCAAAGCAAAACUGCCAACAGCGCGACGGAACAAAAUCCAGCGAUAUGCGAAGUCUGCAAUCUCCCUUUAUACCCCAGUUCAACGACGACAACGACCACGAUAGAUAAUAACUAUGAAUCCACGGAUACACAUAAACCCCAUGAAAGCUCCCUCGCGCACCAACUUUGCCUCACACACUCCCAUCCACCAUCUCACCUCGACCGCACCCGCCACGGCCUCCGCUACCUCUCGUCCUACGGCUGGGACCCUGAUAGUCGAGUUGGACUGGGUGCGCCAGGGCGAGAGGGUAUCCGGGAACCGAUUAAGGGGAGAUUAAAGGCUGACACGGUGGGAUUGGGAGCGGAUGGUGAUAGUGACGACGACGAAAGCAGGAGAAAGGUCGGGAUAAAGAGGAGGGAGAGGGAGAAGAAGGCUGAGAAGAAUAGACCGGCGAGGGUGGGAAAGUUGAAUGCGAAGGAGAUUCGGAAGGGGGAUCUGGACGCGAGGAGGAGGGAGGAGAAGUUGAAGGAGAUGUUUUAUCAGAGGGAGGAUGUGCAGAAGUAUUUAGGGUGA